GUUUGGCUGCAAAGCCGACUUUUGAAACUCCGCUCAAACCACCGACGGCUCUACAUUGAGAAACUUAGAGGCAAGGUCAUCGACAUCAACACUCGCGCCUCAAGAAAAUGCCGACCCACCUCUCGAAGACCCGCAAGCACCGUGGCCACGUCUCGGCCGGUCACGGUCGUGUUGGAAAGCACCGCAAACAUCCUGGAGGUCGCGGUCUCGCUGGUGGUCAGCACCACCACCGUACCAACUUCGACAAGUACCAUCCUGGUUACUUCGGUAAAGUUGGUAUGCGCCACUACCAUUUGACCCGCAACACACAAUGGCGGCCUAUCAUCAACGUUGAUAAACUAUGGACGCUUGUGCCUGCAGCGGAAAAGGAAGGGUUGACGGAGAGCUCUGAGGUUGUUCCUGUCAUUGACACCCUCCAACAUGGAUACGGAAAAGUGCUUGGGAAUGGACAGCUGCCCAAACUUCCUUUUAUCGUCAAGGCCCGUUUUGUAUCGCAGAAAGCAGAGGCUAAAAUUAAGGAGGCUGGUGGUGUUGUGUCACUAGUGGCAUAGGCUCCUUUUAUCAUUGUUUUUUUUCUUUUACAUAUCACACACCAUGAUACUAUGACAUGCUGCAAUAAGAGCGCCCAUGCCUGAAACAUGAUUAA